AUGUAUAAAUAUUUAAAACCCGAUCGAUUAGAAAUUGAUUCGACGUCGAAUGUUUCAUAUCAACAACAAUGGCUGCAUUGGAGAAAAACAUUUGAAAAUUUUCUUCAGGAAUCAAGACCAACUACGGAAAGUGGACAAAUGGAUCACUCAGACAGUGUAAAGCUUAAACUUCUGAUCAAUUAUGUAUCACUGACAAUUUAUAAAAUGAUAGCUUCUUGUAAAACCUAUUUGUGCGCUAUUUCAACGCUAGAAAGUAUCUACGUGAAACCAAAAAGUAUUAUUUUCGCGAGACACAAACUGACUACUCGUACACAACAACUUGAUGAGUCUAUAGAUCAAUACGUACAAGAUUUAAAACUCUUAGCCAAAGACUGUGAUUUCAAAGCCGUCACUGCUCAAGAGAAUGAGAGUGACUCGAUUCGUGGAGCAUUCAUAGCUGGUUUAAGAUCACCGCAAAUACGUCAGCGACUAUUGGAAAACCUAACAUUAACUCUGGAUGAAGCUCGGAACAAAGCGCGCGCUUUAGAGUUUGCAGAGAUUCAAUCUUGUGGGAAACGCGGGCACUUCGCUAAAUCAUGUCGGAGUCAAACUUUAGCAUCUAUUGCAAAUGCAGAAGAGGGAGAUUCGAUCUCGUCUAGUUUAUUUGUAGCUACAGUUGGCUUGAAUAGAUGUGUAAUCCCAAUAAAGCUAAAUGGGAUAAAUGUCAAAGCCCUAAUCGACACUGGGAGUACAGCUAGUUUUGUUGACGAAAAAGUUGUACAAAGGUACAAUAUUCCAACACCUUCAUGGAAACAAAACGUAUCAAUGGCUUCUCAAGUACUAAAAUCUCAGAUAACAUCCGCCUGUUAUGCACCUAUACAGUUAAAUGGAAGUGUAUAUCCAAAUACGCUACUUCGCGUCAUGGAGAAUCUAUGUUCUGAUGUUAUAAUAGGACACGACAUCAUGGCGCAAUGCUCAUCAUUAGAGAUUAAAUUUGAUGGACCCAAACCCUUUUUGACUAUAUCUGCAUUAAAAGAAGCGAAUAUAGAACCAGUAAACCUCUUUCCACACCUAAGCCCUAAUUGUACACCUAUAGCUGUAAAAUCAAGAAGGCAUGCCAGUGAUAAUUUAGUGUUCAUAGAAUCCGAAAUUCAUAGUCUCCUCUCUGAAGGAAUAAUAGAAGAAAGUACUUCACCAUGGCGGGCCCAAACUCUGGUAACCUUUGGAACACACCAAAAGAAGCGUAUGUGUAUAGAUUAUUCGCAAACAAUCAAUAAAUUCACAUACCUAGAUGCAUACCCUCUCCCUAAUAUGGAAGAUGUCGUAGCUAAGGUCGCGAAAUGGAAAGUAUUUUCAAAAAUUGACUUAAAAUCAGCUUAUCACCAAAUACCAAUCCUGGACUCAAACAAGCAGUUCACCGCCUUCGAAGCUUGCGGGAAUCUCUAUCAGUUUACUCGUAUACCUUUCGGCGUCACAAACGGAGUAGCGUGUUUUCAAAGGUCAAUCGAUACUAUAAUCAGAAAGACUAAUCUAAGCGGAGUGUAUCCAUAUUUAGAUGAUAUCACUAUAUGCGAUGAUGACGAUUAUCGCUGUGAUAAACAAUUUAAAAGAUGCUCAUGGACAUUCUUAUUGAAAGAGGAUAAACUAGAAGAACUUCUGAUGGAGUACGGGAGAAUAUUUCAGAGACGUGUUAAAUGGAGAGGGAAGGAAUCGGACAUGAAGCCAGAAUUGAAUAGAAGUGUAGAGAGUGAAAGAGAGUCAAUGGAUGGAAGGCGGCGGAAUUUAUAA